AUGUCCUCAUCCUCUGGAAACAACAAUAAUAGCAGCAAAACAAAAGAGGCAGCCAUCAUUUUUCUGCACGGCUUAGGCGAUAGCCCCGCCGGUUGGUCCUCCCUUGCACAAACUUUGCCGCGCCUUCAACCCCGUCUCGCGCGUGUGGAAUACGUCUUUCCACCCGCACCAACCAUUCCCAUUUCCAUCAACGGUGGCGCUUCCAUGCCAGGCUGGUUCGACUUGUACGACUGGCCUAUCGCCGUUGGCGCGAAGCCUGACACAACGGGGCAAGCGCGUGGGACGGCGCAAGUGGAAAGCUGUAUCCAAGACGUGGAACGAAUUCACGGUAUUCCGCGCAGCAAAAUUGUUGUCGGUGGAUUUUCCCAAGGCGGGGCCGUAGCGCUCUGGAACGCCUAUCACAAUCAUGACCACGGCGUAAAUCCCAGAAACUCAGAGUCAGUCAAUAGCCGUCCCGCCCAACCACCCCUGGCCGGCUGUGCUGUAUUAUCGGGAUGGUGGACUUUGGGCAACGAUAGUACAAUUAAAACAAGCGGCUCGCCUUCGAAAAGCGUUGUCAAUGAGAGAACUCCAUUGUUUUGGGCACAUGGAGAAUAUGACGACAAGGUUCUAUUCGAACAUCACACUCACGGUGUGCAAACGCUAAAAGACGCCGGACUAGUGUCCAUAGAAGCGCCAACUUACCCCAUUGGACACGAGUCGGAUCCAAACGAAAUAGAGGCAUUGGCCGAGUUUCUGGAUCGCGUCUUGUUUGGUGACAAAGCUGUAUUCUCCGAGUUGUAG